CGGCGGCGGCGGCGAACAAAGAGGCGGCGGGCGCGGGCGGCCGAGCAGAGCCGAGCGCAGCCGAGCCGGGCCGAGCCGGGCCGGGCCGGGCCCAGGAGCGAGCGGGCGAUGCGGGCGGCCGGGCGGGGUUUGGCCGGCCCCUGAACCCCGCGCCCCCCGGGCCAACGAGGGAGCCCCGCGGCGGCGCGCCCGAGGCAGCCGGCCCGCCAUGGCCGGGGUCAGCUACGCGGCGCCCUGGUGGGUGAACCUCCUACACCGGCUGCCCCACUUCGACCUGAGCUGGGAGACCACCAGCAGCCAGUUCCGGCCCGAGGAUACCGACUACCAGCAGGCGCUGCUGCUGCUGGGGGCCGCCGCGCUGGCCUGCCUCGCCCUGGACCUCCUCUUCCUGCUCUUCUACUCUUUCUGGCUGUGCUGCCGGCGGCGCAAGAGCGAGGAGCACCUGGACGCCGACUGCUGCUGCACCGCCUGGUGCGUCAUCAUCGCCACGCUGGUCUGCAGCGCCGGCAUCGCCGUGGGGUUCUACGGCAACGGGGAGACCAGCGACGGCAUCCAUCGGGCCACCUACUCGCUCCGCCACGCCAACCGCACGGUGGCAGGGGUCCAGGACCGCGUGUGGGACACCGCGGCCGCGUUGAACCGCACGGCAGAGCCCAGCCUGCAGAGCCUGGAGCGGCAGCUGGCCGCGCGCCCAGAGCCCCUGCGCGCAGUCCAGAGGUUGCAGGGCCUUCUCGAGACGCUGCUGGGCCACACCGCGGCCAUCCCCUUCUGGAGGAACCCGGCUGUGUCCCUGGAGGUGCUGGCCGAGCAGGUGGAUCUCUACGACUGGUACAGGUGGCUGGGCUACUUGGGCUUACUGCUGCUCGACGUGGCCAUCUGCCUGCUGGCGCUGGUCGGCCUCAUCCGCAGCUCCAAGGGCAUUCUGGUCGGGGUUUGCCUGCUGGGGGUCCUGGCCCUGGUCAUCAGCUGGGGCGCACUGGGCUUGGAGCUGGCCGUGUCCGUGGGCUCCAGCGACUUCUGUGUGGACCCCGACACCUACGUGACCAGGAUGGUGGAGGAACACUCCGUGCUGAGUGGGGACAUCUUGGAGUACUACUUGGCCUGCUCGCCCCGUGCCUCCAACCCCUUCCAGCAGAAGCUGUCUGGCAGCCACAAGGCGCUGGUGGAGAUGCAGGGCGUCGUGGCCGAGCUGCUGAAGACCGUCCCCCGGGAGUACCCGGCCACCAAGGACCCCCUGCUCCGUGUCCAGGAGGUGCUGAACGGCACAGAGGUGAAUCUGCAGCACCUUACCGCCCUGGUGGACUGUCGCAGCCUGCACCUGGACUACGUGCAGGCCCUGACGGGCUUCUGCUAUGACGGCGUCGAGGGCCUCAUCUACCUGGCCCUCUUCUCCUUCGUCACAGCCCUCAUGUUCAGCUCCGUUGUCUGCAGUGUGCCACACACCUGGCAGCAGAAAAGAGGCCCUGAUGAAGAUGGGGAGGAGGAGGCGGCCCCGGGGCCCAGGCAGGCACACGACAGCCUCUACCGCGUGCACAUGCCCAGCCUGUACAGCUGCGGGAGCAGCUACGGCAGCGAGACCAGCAUCCCAGCUGCGGCCCACACCGUCAGCAACGCCCCGGUCACCGAGUACAUGAGCCAGAAUGCCAACUUCCAGAACCCCCGCUGUGAGAACACGCCCCUUAUCGGACGCGAGUCCCCGCCGCCCUCACGCUAUCUGGCAGGCUGGCAGUUUAAGCCCAUGGAUAGUGCCCGAACGCUGUGGUGGCUGUACCCUCAGAGUGACAGUACACCUCCAGCAUGAGAGCCAAAUACCUCGCCACCAGCCAGCCUCGCCCUGACUCCAGCGGCAGCGGCCACUAGACCGCCCCGGCCGGCCACCCGCCCGCCUGCCCGCGUGCCAAUCGCCCCGCCCUCCCCGUGCCAGCACUGCCGCUUCCACCCACGACCACUCGCCGGACCCUCCGCACGCACGCCAGGCCCGCUGCCGGCUCCUUUGCGGCCCCCCUUCCCUCUCCUCCCCUCCCCUCCCCUCCCCUCCUCGCAGGGGCAUGGAGAUGAGGAACUCCGGGCCCGCGCCCUCUCCUCGGGCCACGCGCCUGGACGCCUGGGAGCGAUGCCACCGACGCGGGGCCCUGGCCCCCCACGCCUGUCCGCCUCUGAGGACCUGCGUUUGCAGAGCCCUUCCCUGGGCCGGCCCCGGCGCCGUGUCCCUGCCACCUGCCCUGCAGCACGCCGACCCUGUGGACGCCCGCGUUCUCCGGCUCGCACCCCAGCCUGCCCCUCCCCUCCCGCAGCUCUGUGCUCCCGAGGCUUCUGUUCACAGGCUGUGCGGCGCCCCCGCUGUGCCCGGCACCUGGAGGGGCCUAGGCUCCCACCUGCCCGCCGGGCUCCUGUGCGGAGAGCCCCCGGGGCGCCUCUGUGGCUCUUCCUUUUCUCUCCACCUGAACACAGGCCCCUCCUGUCGCUGCCAGAAGCCUCCCAGGGAGGCUCCGCUUCCUCUGCCUCCGGCCCAGCACUGCUCUCUCCCUCAGCGCCCACCCUGCCCGCAGGGCCUAGCCCCCCACAGCGGCGGGAGGACGGCAGG